AUGGCGGAUCAGAAGCAACCACUCAUCAACAACAGCACCGGUGGAGGCUACCGCGAGUCGCUCGAUGACGACCUCGACCCACGCUAUGCAACCGAAUCGUAUCAGCACCAACCCUCUUCCCAUAAUGUCGUCUUUGACGCAGCAUCUGCAGUUGAAUCACAGCAACUUCCUCGAUCGCUCCCAUCAUGGCAGCAAGCAAAUGCAUCGCUUCAAGGCGGUCCCGCUUCCAACAAUGGUUCCGGAGGAGGAUACUCACACUCUUUUGGCACAUCGCAAGCAUGGAGUCUGAGCAGCAUCUGUGCUAUCGCUUGGGCAUUACCUCCCUUCAGCUCGGCGUUUGUGUUGAUUUGGGAGACGGAGAAUGAUCUUGCCAGGUUCCAUGCGUACCAGGCUGGGCUGAGUGGUGUAGGAUUGAUCGUGCUGCUCUGGAUACUCAGGACAGUGCUGGGCUUGAAAACGAUCGGGUUGCUCGUCGGCAUGGGCGCCUAUGGUUGGUUCUGGGUCAACGCGUCCACGGCACACAAAUCUGCGCCUUCACUAUCGAGGAAUCCGUACUUGCCACACAUUGGAGAUAUCGCUUCCAGAUGGGUCGGCGAAGAGUAA